AUGGAAGAUAUCCCCGUUCAAUUUGCUGAAGUUCAUUAUGUUUCAAUUCAAAAGAUCGGUAAUGUACCGGUAAUAAAAGGUGAUUUUCAAUCGGUUCCUUCAAAGGUCCAAGCAUGGCUUGCACAAAUGAUUCAAUUAUGUACACCUCGUGCUGUAUAUAUUUGUGAUGGAUCCGAAGAAGAAGCUGAAAUGGUUACAAAUAAGUUAGUUGAACGUGGUACAUUAACACAAUUAACAAAAUAUGAAAAUUGCUAUAUUUGUUGGACUGAUCCUCGGGACGUUGCUCGCGUUGAAUCAAAAACAUUUAUUGUUACUGAUGAAAAAUAUGCAUCAGUGCCACAUUCACGAGAAGGUGUAAAAUGCGUUCUUGGUCAAUGGAUGUCACCUGACGAUAUGAAAAAAGAACUGGAUGAUCGACUUCCUGGAUGUAUGGGUGGUCGAAUGCUCUAUGUCAUUCCAUUCAGUAUGGGACCAAUUGGCUCACCAUUAAGUAAAAUUGGAGUACAAAUUACUGAUUCCAAUUAUGUAUUACUUUCCAUGAGAGUGAUGACUCGUGUUUCAUCGGAGAUUUGGAAACAUCUUCGACAUGAUGAAGAAUUCGUUAAAUGUCUUCACUCUGUCGGUCUUCCGCGUCCACAUACGCAAAAGGUUGUUAAUAAUUGGCCAUGUAAUCCUGAAAAAACAUUAAUUGUGCAUUUUCCAGAUAUUCGAAAAGUAAUUAGUUUCGGAUCAGGUUAUGGAGGAAACAGUUUACUUGGCAAGAAAUGUUUCGCUUUACGUAUUGCUGGUCGUAUUGCCAAAGAUGAAGGAUGGUUAGCCGAACAUAUGUUAAUUAUGUCAAUAACAAAUCCAAAAGGUGAAGAAAAAUUCAUCGCUGCUUCGUUUCCAUCUGCUUGUGGUAAGACAAACUUAGCAAUGUUAACACCAACAAUCCCGGGUUAUACCGUUCGAUGUGUUGGUGAUGAUAUUGCAUGGAUGAGAUUUGAUAAAGAAACUGGUGAAUUACGUGCAAUUAAUCCUGAAGCUGGAUUCUUUGGUGUUGCACCAGGAACAAAUAUGAAAACAAAUCCAAAUGCAAUUUUAACUUGUUUGAAAAAUUCAAUUUUUACCAAUGUCGGUGAAACAGCUGACGGUGGAUUCUACUGGGAAGGUCUUGAAGAUGAAACACCGGCAGGUACGGAAAUUAUAUCUUGGACUGGUGAAAGAUAUAAAUUAGGAGAAGAUAAAACAAAAAAAUCAAGUCAUCCAAAUGCGCGAUUCUGUUGUCCAGCUCGUCAAUGUCCAAUAAUUCAUAGUAAAUGGGAAGAUCCAGCUGGUGUACCUAUUUCCGCUAUUAUCUUUGGUGGACGAAGACCGGAAGGUGUUCCUCUAGUUAUUGAAGCAUUCGAUUGGAAACAUGGCGUUUUUCUUGCUUCACAGCUUAAAUCUGAAACAACUGCAGCAGCUGAAUUUACUGGCAAACAAAUUAUGCAUGAUCCAUUUGCAAUGCGACCAUUUGUUGGUUAUAACUUUGGACAUUAUAUUCAACAUUGGCUUGAUUUUGAAAAAGAUCCAAACAACAAAUUACCGAAAAUCUUUCAUGUCAAUUGGUUUCGUUUGGAUGAAAAUAAUAAAUUUCUUUGGCCUGGAUUUGGCGAUAAUAUUCGUGUACUUGACUGGAUUAUUCGACGUGUUAAUAAUGAAGAUGUUGCUGAUGUAUCACCUGUUGGUCUCUUACCCAAGAAAGGUUCCAUUAAUCUUGAUGGUCUUAAUGUUGAUUGGGACAAAUUGAUCAGUAUACCGAAAGAUUAUUGGGCUAGCGAUAUUGAUGAAACCUUGAAAUGGCUUGAUGAACAAUUAGGUGAUGAUUUACCGCAAGAUAUACGCAAAGAAAUUCAGAAACAAAAAGAUCGUCUAUCUCAACCAUAA